UGCAUAGCCAUUGUCCAUAUUUGGCAUAUUUUCCUAAAAAUGAUGUGCCAAAAUUUGUGGAAAGUGCAAAUGAUUUUAUAUCUGAUCUGGAGCCCACUAUAAGCAAUUGGCCACAGUAUUUUAUGAUUGUUACUAGAGUUCAAUUUUGUAAUAAAUUACAGUCAAAAGAGCCAAAAAGUCAAACCAUUAUCAAAAAAUGUCGAACAGUUUCAGUGGAAAAUAAUCCGUCAGUAUUGGAUGCGAUAGUGCAGGGUAUUUCGGUUGGUGAGAGCCCGGAUACGAUUGUCCUUGUGGAGAAUCAUCAAUUUGCCUGCAGUGGACUUGUAUUGAGCACUUACUCCAAUUACUUUAUGAAUCGAAGGGGACACACUGAGAUCGAUUUGCGCAAUUCACCAUUGACUGUGAAAAUCUUUGAUUAUAUCUACAAGUGGCUGUUAAAUUCCAUUAAACACAUUCCGUCCAAGAAUCUGGUGCAUAUUAUACGGGCAGCCUACUUUCUGGAGAUUCCUGUUCUGCUCCAACUGUGUUUCACUUUGCUCGACGGCGACAGAUUCAAAGAGAUCGAAGCCUUUAGUUUAAUACAUCAGAUGCGAUCUUAUGUGGAUCUCUAUCACAUCAAUGAAGCAAUGUCAUCGCGAAUUUCCAAUUGCACUUUAAUUGUUCUGUGCAGUGUUCAGUUUUUAAGUUUAACGGCUGUUCAGAUAUGUCAACUGUUGAAAUCUAGUUUUCUGGCUGUCAACAGUGAAACUGAGAUUCUCUUCGGCGCCCUUAAUUGGUUGGAUCUACACUGGCCAGCUCGUAUAUCCCAUGUGAUGAAAGUCCUUAACUGUAUUCGUUAUGCUUACCUGUCGCCCAAAAUACUUUGUCAGCUGAAUGGAUCAGACUAUGUAAAGAUCGGUCCUUUUGAACGCGUAUUAAGAGAGUUUCAAAAGUUUCCGGAGGCAAAGCAACUGAUAGAGGACGGCAUUUUCUACAGCACCCUGGUAAUCACCAUGAACAGUGAUCCAAGUCACUUGAAGGAAGUUCCUAAUGCCAAUAAUGAUCUCAUGAUGCCACGUCGAUGGAUGCAAGAUAUUCGUUUUCGCAGAAAGCAAAGUGUAAAGAAGUUAUCCCAACGUAUAGUCGCUCUUCAAAUAUGGAAUGCAUUCAUUUGAAAAAACUUUUACCGAACAACUCCCCCAGCACAAUUUUACCGACAUUAAUAUCAGAAGCUUCUAGUAUAUCCUAUACAAAUUUUAAGCCCACGGAGAUU